AUGUCGAGAUACUUCCAAAGGGCAUUCUGUGCCUACGCAGCGGCAGCAGCUUUGUUGCCUCUGAACACAAGAGGGCAGGAUGUUCCUGGCCACCACAGCGCGCAACCAGGCUUAGCACAAGGCUCCCCAGUUCCUCCCGCCGACACUGCAACUUAUGGCUAUCACCACCCUCCGCAUGACCAUUCUCCCGCUCCGCCUCCCCAACCUGUGCACAGUUCACACAGUUACGGGGCACACGACCACUCACCCUCACCUCACACCCAUGACAGCGUUACCAUGGGCGCAAUCCCCAACACAUAUGACCUCUGGGAACAGUCUAGUGGCACAACUGAGUUGAUUACCCAUUCCUGGAAGCCCCCUCUAACGCAGGAAAACCUUGGCUACUGGGACGUUGCCAUGUCCACUGUUCCGUCGGAAGACCAUAUUGUCUUAAUGCCACCAGAUGCCAACAGAACCGGUCAAUUUUGGCAGCGAACUGCUGUCCCUGCGGUCCAUUUUGAGGUGCAGUUUGGGUUCGGAGUGUUCGGCAGGGAUCCACUAGUUCACGGCUCUCCUGGAGGUGUGGCCAGUAGCGACGGCCAGCCGGACGGUUUUGCGUUCUGGUAUGUGUACGAACCGUACGCAAGCGUUUACCCGAGAACACCGGAGGAACAGGCUAGCUGGAGCCUUGUAGGGUACAAAAGUAAUCCCAAGGGUUUUGGCGUCAUCUUUAAAGCAGUCGAUCAAACAGGAAGCAUCAACCCGUCAAUUUCAUGUGUUCACAACACGGACGACAGCAGGGACUUUUCCAAAGAAAUCCCCGCUUCUUCUGCCUUCUUCUACCAAUAUAGGAAUAAGCCCACACCGGUCCUUUUCCGUGUCGUAGUUGGGAACCAAGGUGUAGUAGCUCAAAUCCGCGAGUCUGUUUCCUCGGCGUGGGUGACUGCAUGUUCGCUGGAGCAUGUUCAUUUGCAUGCCCAUGGCUUCAUCGGUUUUACAGGUCACAAUAAGCCAGGUUCAGUCCAAACCCAACCUGGGCAUCACCCUGCAGGAGACCAGGUUGUACUACACUUUGUGAAAAUGUGGAGCCUAGAUCCCCUUCCUCCUCAGCACAAUAACCCCGGCUCGCCACAGGCAAUCCACCCGACAGAUGGAAGCCAGGCAGCAACUGACGCUCAUGCUCACGCAGCGCAUGCUGAACAAUAUGGGGUUUAUCCAGGACAUCCGCAUGCAGGCACCUACUUGGCCGCAAGCCACACCCAUCCAGACCCAACGGUAAUGCAAAUGCUGACGUCAAUCGGAAGCCAAAUAAGCACGCUGAGUGCCGAAGUAAACGAUUUGAGGCAAGACCUAAGAAAGCUGUGGGUGGACGAGGGGCCAGAAGCCGUUAAGUCGCUGAAGUCGGAGUUGACUGGUUUUAAGGAUCUUUUUAAACGUCACUCCCAACAGCACACAUCUGCACUGCACAACAUCCACAAACAAGUGGAGAUCAAAUCAAGCAUCCCACACGAAGGCGAAUCGCCAAUCCUGUCACGAUUGACCGAUUUGUCAAGCCAGCUAGAGAAAGAUAUCGCAGUGAAGCAUGCCAGCGUGUUUCUUCUUGCUCUAGCAGCUCUUCUGCUCGUUGUGUUGUUUGCCCUCUGCUCUUGGAGGAAAUUUCGCGCCAUAGAGAAGAAGCACAUGCUGUGA